AUGUUUGAGAAACUCAGCAAAAUGGAGGUGAGGUGCAACUCUACAGUAGAAGAUAGCAACAGGAUAUCAAAAGCAGGGCACAAGGAAGGAAAGGAGAGCAGAGACAGUCAGGGAAAUAUUUCUACUCCUUACUUGAAAGAGCAACAAAGCAGCUAUCCAGCUUCAGGAACCUCAGAAGCAUGCACGAAAAAUAAAAGCAUUGGUACUGCGGACCCAGAAUACUGCAGAAGAAUACUUGUAAGAGAUGCCAAAGGGUCAAUUCGGGAAAUUAUUCUACCUAAGGGAUUGGAUCUUGACCGACCCAAAAGGACCAGAACCUCUUUCACAGCUGAGCAGUUGUACAGACUGGAGAUGGAGUUCCAGAGAUGUCAGUAUGUUGUGGGCAGAGAAAGAACUGAACUGGCCAGACAGCUCAAUCUAUCUGAAACUCAGGUGAAGGUUUGGUUCCAGAAUAGAAGAACAAAACAAAAAAAGGACCAAGGCAAAGACUCUGAACUGCGAUCUGUGGUGUCCGAGACUGCAGCCACUUGCAGCGUCCUGAGACUCCUUGAGCAAGGUCGCCUGCUGUCCCCCCCUGGUUUGCCAGGACUAUUGCCCCCUUGUGCAGCAGGUACCCUACGGGCUCCAAGCUCAGGCCAUGGUGCCCAGUCCUUGCCAGCAGUCACCAGUGCGCCCCCUCACCAGCCUGGACUCCAUACCUCCUCCACAGGGCACAGCAUCUUUAGCAUGCCUGUGCCAUCUCUAUUGGGUACAGUGGCGAACCGUCUAGCCUCCAAUCCACUGACAAUGGCAGGAAACCUACAAGAACUGUCUGCCAGAUAUCUUAGUUCCUCAGCAUUCGAACCCUACUCAAGAAGCACUACUAAAGAUUCACUGGAAAAAAAAGCCCUGGACUGA